AUGACUGCUGCCCAGCGGAUGAUGGCCAAGAUGGGGUGGAAGGAAGGUCAGGGGCUUGGCAAGCAAGAGCAGGGGAUCACCGCGCCUCUGGUGGCCAAGAAGACUGAUAGGAGGGGAGGAGUUAUUGUUGAUGAGAGCAGUUCCAGGCCUCCAGAAAAGAAGCCGAGAUCUGUCAACUUUGAUGGGCAACCGACACGAGUUUUGCUGCUCCGCAACAUGGUUGGUCCUGGUGAGGUUGACGACGAGCUGGAAGAUGAGGUGGCAUCGGAGUGUGCCAAGUAUGGGACGGUGUCUCGGGUGCUGAUAUUUGAGAUCACACAGGCAGACUUCCCAGUUGAUGAGGCUGUAAGGAUAUUCAUACAGUUUGAGCGGGCAGAAGAAGCAACAAAGGCAAUGGUUGAUCUGCAAGGGCGGUUCUUUGGCGGGCGUGUGGUGCAGGCAACCUUCUUUGACGAGGAAAGGUUUGGGAGAAACGAACUUGCUCCGAUGCCAGGGGAAGUACCAGGUUUUUUCGACUAA